AAAUUAGAUGGAAAUCUGGGUACAAAAUCAAUUUUGAUGUGGUGUUGGCUGACAGUAAAUACGCCCGCAGUAAGAGCAACUAUGCCAUCAGCACCUAAUGACUCAAUAAUAUUUUCAAUUUCAACGUAUAAGCCAGUUACAACAACCGAAGUCAUUUACCAACGUUUUGCCAUUGAACCCAUGGAUCAAACGGCAGUAAUUGGUAGUCGUGUGACUCUUCCGUGCCGGGUUCUGGACCAGAGAGGACCCAUUCAGUGGACUAAAGAUGAUUUUGGGUUAGGUGCUGUAAGAAAUCUUACAGGAUAUGAGCGUUAUGCUAUGAUAGGCAGUGAUGAAGAAGGGGAUUUCUCUUUACACAUAUAUCCAGUCGAAUUAGAAGAUGAUGGAGUAUACCAGUGCCAAGCAUCGCCAACUAAUGAUGGUCAACCGGGAUUGCGAUCGAGGUUUGCACGUUUGAGUGUUUUAGUCCCCCCUCAAAAACCGAACAUUCUUCAAGGUUCUUUUCUUGUUACCACCGAGGAUAGAGAACUGGUCAUGGAAUGCAUUAGUGUCGCUGGGAAGCCACCGGCAGAGAUUACGUGGAUUGAUGGACUCGGAAACGUGUUGCACAAUGGCAUUCAAACGAAAUAUGAACAAUUUCAAGAUGGCCCACUGUCUAAUGUAAGGUCUGUUUUAACGGUCAUGCCACGAAAGGAACAUGACAACACAACGUUCACUUGUCAAAGUCAAAACGCAGCAGACCGAACUCCACAAAAUGCUAAGCUUAGAGUAGAGGUACGUUACGCUCCGAAAGUUUCGUUGAAGAUUCGUUCCGGUUUGUCAAAAAACAGCAGGAUUAUAGAAGGAUCAGAACUUAGAUUUAGAUGCCGUGCAGAAGCGAAUCCCCCGAACAUGGAAUACAGAUGGUACAUCAACGAAAAGAAGGUAAUUGGGGAUUACACAACGGAAAUGAUCAUUCACAAUGUAACUCGAGAACUUCAUGAUGCCAUCGUAAAAUGUGAAGUUCACAACGAUGUUGGAAAAAGUGAAGAAACUGAAACACUGGAUGUGACGUAUGGUCCACAAUUUCGCCAUCCACCAAGUUCUGUUGAAACACACUAUGGAUCGACUGAAGUUCUACAAUGCGACGUAGAUGGCAAUCCGUCACCCGAAAUCUUAUGGAUUCAUGAAGAGUCCGACAGAGUAGUUGCAACAAGUUCUAACAUAAGUAUUCUUGUUAGUCAAGAAACAGCUGGUCGGUACUGUUGUAAAGCUCAUGUAGAUGGAUUUUCAGAAUUAACCGGUUUUGCCAGCAUCUAUAUACGGGCUUCACCUAAAAUAAUCUCACAAAGAACUCAAUACGUUCCAGACGAAGGAGUUAUUAAGGUAAAGUGUGUGGCCAUAUCGGUACCCAGGGCUGAUUCAGUCGUUUGGAAAUUCGCAGGACGUGAGUUAAAUUUUUCACCCAACAAUACCUCGUUCACUGUUCACGAAGAGUAUAAUUCCGAAAGAGUUAUAAGCACAAUUAUUUUUCUCGAACCAGCUUCUUUGUAUUUCGGAAAUUAUAAUUGUACAGUUAUCAACAGCUAUGGUUCGGAUUCAGCUCUCAUCAAUCUCACGACACACACAUUGAUUCCAGUUGACUGGCAACUAAUUUUGAUCGUCGUGGGCCUCGUGAUUUGUGCAAUACUAGUUGGCGUGAUUAUUGUACUUAUUCUACAUUGUCGGGAUCGUAUUAAGCAACCGAGGCCAAGACUAGCACAAUCUCAGGAAAAUGACGUUCAAGAGACCGAUUCAAGUGCUGAUCGUUAUCGAGAGAGUGAUCGAAGCAGCAACCUCUCGGAUGUCAAAGCAGAUAUACGGGCAGGAUCUAGUGUUAGUAACGCAGAAAGUGUCAUAGCUCUUGAUAGUGAAGGAGAAGGCAGUACAAGAGGUAUAAAUGCUCUUGCUCUUGCUGGACCGGUAGUGAAUCCAAUUGCAAGUUAUCGUUACAGCGCAGAUUAUACUGAACCAACAUUUCCACCAAAAAGUAACGAUGGAAGCAAUAAUAAUGGUUAUGUCCCAUACGUGGAUUAUACGCGGGAUUAUUUGCCACCAACUACUCCAGGCAUGGGGUCUUCUCGCGAAUCUCUCAGUCGUAUUCCUUUAAGUGGAGUAUUAGGAUCUAAGAAAAUAGGAUUCAGUUCUUCUAACCUAGACUCGACCCCAGCACAAACGACAAUAAUUGACCCUCGUUAUUCUGCUACCUAUGGCAAUCCUUACCUGAGAACGCCAGUAGCAGAGCAAUUUAGGCAUGCUCCACACGCAGCUAUACCAGGAGUUACGCCAGCUCCUCCUCCAUAUACGUCAGCUAUGAGAAUGAAUAGUUUGAAUACGCUGAACGGUGCUGGACCACAGACUCCUCAGGCUGCACAUUACAUCACUGGAGGAUCGAAUGGUGGUAUCACAACUGUUAAGCGUUCUUUAGGAGUAAGCACUCUUGCAACUCACGUAUGAGACAGGAGAAUUGAUUCCACUUAGAAUCAAAAGCAAAUAUAUUCUAUUGUAUGUCAUACUAGGUAAUUUACUAAUUUUUAAAUUUGAGAGAUAACUUGAGAAAUCACUUGUAAUAUCUAAAAAGUCUAAAGCACAAUGUGUAUCUUGAUAACAUACCGAAUUUUGAUCAGCCGCCUCACUUCACAUAUUUUUUUAGAUGAUCUUGAGGUUCAAGAGUCCUUUACUAGUUUACUUGUAAAAAUGUUAAUAAUCUAGUCUUUCGCAAAAAAAAUUGUUUUUCCGAAACGCCGAAUAGAAGGAAAAAAUGCAUAUCCAUUUUUUAUGAUUUUUUGGAAUCAUUACAAGGAUUGCCAAUUUACCAGGAUUACCGAUAAGUUAAAAAAACAAUCAAUAGCGAGGGCUUCAUAGUGCAUCAGAGUGAAAACAAUUAUUAAUUGCAUAUUUAAAUGUUGAAAAAAUACAAACGUUUUUUUUAUGGGUAAAAUAAUAUCUGCAAACUUUUAUAUGUAUAUUUUUCAGUGACAAAUAACUUACUGUAUUUAGUUGCAUAUAAGCAGCACACGAUUAUAAGCC